UUUGCAUAAUUAAUUAAAUAAAAAUGAUGUCUAACCUUGAUAUGGGAAGAGUCAAGAAACCUAAUAAAGACUCUAUAAUGGAACCUAUAACUUUCAGAGAGUCGAGAGGCUUCGAGAAUGAGGAGCAUAAGAUCACGUCCUCUCCAAUAGUUAAAACUAAGGGGCAUAGUAUCAAUGAAAAGACCAAUGCUGAUAGAUUUAUACCCUGAAGGUCAUAUUUAGAAUCAUCCCACUCUUUGAUGCUGAAUAAUGAAGAUAUUAAGCCAAAUAAGGGCUACUCUUCAGGUUCAGAUACAUCAAGAGAUGAUACUUCGAGCCUUCAAAAUUAUAACGCACUGCUUGAGAGCCAGUUCUUUGGUGGAGACGAUGCACUCCAUGAGAUGAACUUGUCUUGCAUAAACCAGGCAGACAACAUUAUUCAGCCAAAUUUCUCCUCUUAUUCCAACAUGAAAGGAGGAAGCAAGAUGCAGAAAGAGAAUAAGAAUCUCUUGAAGUACAAGAAGAAGCCAAUAGGCAAGAAGCAUAGCUCUGGGUUUACCUCAAUGCUGAAUAUGAACUCAGAUUCAUACUAUCAAGCUGACUUAAAGCCUAGCAGGAAGGUGUCUAAGUUGCCUUUUAAAGUCCUUGAUGCUCCUCAGCUUCAGGAUGAUUUCUAUCUGAACCUUGUAGACUGGAGCAGCCAGAAUAUGCUUGCAGUAGGAUUAGGCACUGAAGUCUACAUCUGGAGUGCCUGCAAUAGCAGAGUAACUAAGCUUUGUGAGACAGGGUAUGGAGAUAGCAUCACUUCUGUGGCAUGGUCACAAAAAGGAAAACAUCUCUCUGUUGGAAUCAGCAAUGGUGAUACCCAAAUCUGGGACACUCAACAAUUGGAUUUAAUAAGAACAAUGGAUGGGCAUAAUGGAAGAGUAGGAGCUUGAGCCUGGAAUGGUUCAGUUUUAGCAACAGGUUCAAGAGACAGAAGGAUUUUAGUGAGAGAUGUCAGAGCAGACAGUCCGUUAAUUCAUGACUGGGAAAGACAUAAGCAAGAAGUAUGUGGGCUGAAAUGGAGCCCAGAUGAUCAACAAUUGGCUUCAGGAGGAAAUGACAAUAAGUUAUUUAUCUGGAACGUUCAGAAUGAGGAUCCUCUAGCAAAAUUUUCUGACCAUUGUGCUGCUGUCAAAGCUAUCGGAUGGUCUCCUCACCAACACGGUUUAUUGGCGACUGGAGGAGGUACUGCUGAUAGAUGAAUUAAAUUUUGGAACACACUUACUUUGGAAAAUAUUCGCAGUGUUGACACAGGAAGUCAAGUUUGUAACUUGACUUUUUCCAAGAACGUCAAUGAAAUCGUUUCGACACAUGGGUAUAGCUUAAAUCAGAUCAUGGUUUGGAAAUAUCCAUCUAUGUCAAAAGUUGCCACACUACACGGCCAUACUUACAGAGUUCUCUAUUUAUCGCUAAGUCCAGAUGGUCAGACUAUUGUAACAGGAGCUGGAGAUGAAACACUACGAUUCUGGAAUGUUUUCCCUCCAAAUGAAAGCAAAUCAAAUUCUAUCUUUGGUUGCUCCUCCUCAACCUUCCCUUCAGUGAUGAAGAUUAGAUAAAUUUAACCAAUUCGUGCUCAAUCCACCAUUCUU